GAUCGCCGGGGAUCAGAAGCCAGAAACGUGCCGCGUUUUCUAUCGGCGCUUCCGCAGCUCCCGGCCAGGUGAGCGGCCCCGGCCAGGGUGACCAUGGCUCCCAGCAGCUUGAGAUGCCAGCGCCUCGAGCCGGACGGGGCUUCUGCCAGGAGCCGGCGGCGCUGCUGCCGCAUCCCAGACCACAAGCGCUGCUCUUUCCUGCGCGCGGCACAGGGGAAAUACGCCACGCUGAUCACGCCCUACGUGCGAGACUUGCACAAGAGCGUCCUACUCAAGAACACCAUCCUGCACCUCCAGGACCCCAGCCGAGGGAGCCAGGAAACGGGCCUCGGGCUGGCAGCACCCCAGGGUGCCCCACCUUGGCAAGAGACAAGCCAGGGUCCCCCAGCAGAGAGCGAAGGCGCAGUGUCUCUGCCAGCGCAGCCAGCAGAAGAACCUCCGAGUGCCGUGGGCAAUGGCCAGGUGAGAGCAGCAGACAUGGGCGUAGGCAUGUGGGCACCGCCUGCCUUCUCCAGCCCCUGCCAAGAUGCAGGACAGGUGGCCAGUGAAGACAGCCGGCCUGAGCCGCUCCUGGAUUCCUUCCUCUGCUCUGCUGGUGAAGUCCUGCAGUUUUGGGAGAGUCUGCAGCAACAGGAAGGUGGCAGUGGCCCCUGCCCGUCUCUGGCUGGCCCCAGAACCGAUUCCCCCUGGCCUUCCGAGAGUGCAGCUGCCAGCCCAGGGCAGGAGGCUGGUUCCUGGGGUACCCUCUGCCCUGAGGAGCAGCCCCGCGACCCCUUGUUUGACAGCUUUGAGAUCUUGGCCUCCAGCUAUGCAAGCGACAUCCCUGCAGAGGAUUUCUUUGCAGACAUCGACGUGUCGGAGUUUGAGAGCGUUCUGUGGGGUUCACCGAGCAACGGGCAGCCCACAGUUAUCGACAUGGCAGGCCAGGCUGCUGCUGAGAUUGCCCCCCAGGCUGAAGCGCCCCCUCUUCCCGGUCAGGAUGCAAGCAGCAGGACGGGGAGCCUCGACCAUUACGUGGAGCUCCUUCUGCGCUCCUGAAAUGCUCCACUCCGGAUCCCUUGGAUUUCAAGGUUCUGCCGUCAUUAAAGUUUACAGGUCAAUUGACCACGACUUGCCAAAGAAAAGGGACCGUGGGUUUUGCAGGACUAAAUCAGCUAGCUUUAAACCUUGCAAUACCGGCAUUUUUCAUUCUACUUGAAAGGGUGCAAACAAGUGACUAAACUCUCAUUUGCUGCAAGUGCAAUAAAUCCUGUCUAUUAGAGUAGUGGAAAUGUUUGUCAUGGGCUCUGGGAAUGUCCUCCGCACCCCCAGGCCUGAGAGCUAACUCUUUAUGGACAAAGUGUGCCCUUUCAGCAGCCCCCCCCCCAGGCCUGAGCCCUGCCAGGUGGCAGCAGCAACCGUGGGCACAACCGGAAGCUUCUCCUACAGGGAAGACGUUCUUGCUCCUCAAGCCCCUCCUGGUUCUAGGAGGCCACGGGGUGGGGGAUGGUGGGGAUCCGUUGAGCCCAUCCCUCACCUUAACAGCCUCUUCCUCUGACACGUCUGGCCUGCCCGUCUCUGGCUCCUGCCUCAUGGGCACUGCCAAACCCCCCUCCUGGGCCAGUGCCCUGGCCUCCUGCCUCCUCCCCACACGGUCAGAGCCGGGGCAGGAGCAGGGCAGGUGUUGGCUCAGGUGGGCUGGGGCGGCUUCUCCCUAGUUCAGGGACUGGGCACUUCAGGCCCGCCAGACAUUGUUGGACUCCAACUCCCAGCAUUCCCUGACCAUUAGCUGUGCUAGCUGUGGCUGAUGGGAGUUGGAGUCCAACUCUCUUUCUGUACGCAAGCCCAUUUUCCUUGAAGCAAAGUUGCUGCUGCCACCCCUGGAGGGCAUCUUUUGCCAGCCUUGCCUUUUGCCAGCUCAGUUCGGAGGACGGGGACUCCUUUGCUACCUCUUCCAAGCAUGUGGCCAGUUGGCUGAAGCAGCCCUGGAAUUGCAUCUUGACUACCUCUUCAAGCUGGUUCUGCAUCCCAGCAAUGGGGCUGCUGCCGCCGCCGCCGCCUGACGUUGGCCAGACCUGCUUGGUGGUUCCCCAGACACAUGCGCAUUGUGGUCGUCUGCUCUGGAAAUGUACUGCUGAUGUGCCAAGGCAGGUGCUCCUCUGUUGCAGAGCCUCUCGCCAGAGCCAUUCUUCCUGGGAUCUUGAAUUUGGGGAGCACCCGUGACCUGUGAAUCUCUGCAUUUCUCGUGCUACCCCAGAAAGAAACUUCUUGAGCCACAUUCCUCAUUCCUGCCUUGGCAGACAUUUGGACCAUUUGCCACCCUCUGAUGGUGCCCUUGAGUGGACAGUUUUGGCUCGCUAGUCCUGUUCCAAGGAGCAUGAUGCAAAUUAAAAUUUCUCAUGGGUUGGGAGCCCCAACGUGAACUGGCAACCCCAGGCUGCAAAUGUCCCUUCUAGACUUCUGAAUACCUGCCUUCGAUGAAUACUUGAAGAAGACAAGUUGUGUUGUUUGGAUAGAAUCACAGAAUUGUCGGGUUGGAAGGGACCCCGAGGGUCAUCUAGCCCAACCCCGCCGCAGUGCAGAUAUCACAAUAUUGCAUUCCUUCUUUAAAACCUAACCAAAAAGGUUACGCUCUCAGGUCAGUGCUGAUGUCUGUAACAAGUUAUUUAUAAAUGUUAUAAAUUAUUGCCCGAUAUGUUAAAGGGGAGGGCAAGGGACUGGGGUGCGUGCUCCUGGGCAACUUCCAGGGUGAGGUGCCUCUCCUCCCAUCCCCAGCUGUGGAUACGAGGAACAGCCUGGCUUUCUCUCAUAUGCCGCCUUAAGGACAAACACAUUCUGGCAUCAGCUGUAGGCCUGCUAGACCAGGCUUCCUCAAACUCGGCCCUCCAGAUGUUUUGAGACUACAGUUCCCAUCAUCCCUGACCACUGG